AGCUGUUGUGGCGCAGUACGAUGAGGAGACGAGCGGAUGCACGAGCAUCAGCGAUGGCGAGGCUGCGGCCGAGGGAGCGUGCGGCAAGGCUGGACGCGACGCAUCGAUGAUGCGGGUCGACUUGAGCUUGGCGGUAGCGGCAGAGCCGGACUUUCUGGAGCGGACUCGGCCGCGGCAGGCUGCCCCCACGUUCACCCUCAUCUGGACACGACCCAGCUCCUCGACGAGCCGCUCAACACGCCGCCGCGGCGUGCGCGUCGGCGGCGCAAGAUGCAGCCCGGGGGAAGCUCUACAGGCGGGUCGGCGGGCGCAGGUGCGAGCACGCAUGAGGCAGCAGCAUCGCCACCGCCUGCGCCGGGGGCCAACCUCAUCCACACCAUCGCGUACUACACCGGGCGCGGUGGGACCGAGGCGCUGCACGCGUCGCGGCAGUCGUUUGGCAUCGGGGCGUGGAAGUCGUCGGUGACCGCAGGACGGGUGGCGUAUGUUGUUCUCCAGCUCCGGGAAGGGUGCUACGGGCGGCGGGCCAAGGUGCGGAAGAUCAUGGUCGGCGCAGUGCCGGCCGGCACUCGCGGCGUGCCCAAGACCGGGCGCAUCACGACCGGCAAUGACUACUCGCAGCUCGCCGACUGGCCGGCGCUCCCGCGCAAGUGGCACAUGCACGUCCCAGCCUCACUCCCUGCCCCGGAGCAGGUUGUCAUGCUCGACGCGCGCAAGCUCUCGCGGUACAUCUGCAUCUCGUUUGCGUCGACUCAUGACCGCGGUGGCGUCGUCGCCCUCGCCUCGCUCUCGGUCACGGCGCUGUAAUCUGGUCCCGCACUCUUCUGCAGUAACACAGUUUAUGGC